AUGAAUCGUUUUGAACAUUGUCAGGCUCGAUUAUCUGAAAACGAAUGCUUCGUGGCAAAGGAACGUAGUAUUAAGCUUUACGAUGGUGACGAGAAGACAAGUUACGAAGAUGGAGAAGUGGUUUUGACUAGUCACCGGCUACUUUGGGGUCGCAAUGGAGAAAUAGGUCGAGGGGGAAACGCGUUCGCUUUAAGAUUACAGUACGUGGUUUCACUCGAAGAGGAAGAAGCCAGUUCCAUGCUGUUCGGGAAGAAAAAACGAAUCAUCAUUAGACUGGCCGAACUUCGGCCGGAUAAAAAGUCCGGUCCUAUGGAUUACAGCUGUGCUUCGUUUGUGAAAAUCUCUGGCCGCAACGGCGUUGAUCCGGCGUUCGUGCAAGCACUGCACGCAACGGUUUCCGCUCGCGUAUGGAUAGCGACUGAUGAUAGAGAAAGUGCUCAGCUGAAAAACACUUCAUCUGACGCUGGACCUAGUGUAAAUCCGGCCCAGCGACAGCUGCGCACGGGAAUUAUGGGCAUCGAGCGUAGCCUGGCGGCAAAGCAAAAGCAAACGGACGAAAACAUAAACCUUGCCUUCCAGGAUCUCGGCAAGCUGAUGGAGAUGGCUAAAGAUAUGGUGGCGGUCACGAAAAUAGUCAGUGCCAAAAUUCGAGAACGCCACGGAGAAAUAUCCGAAGACGAAACGGUACGAUUCAAGUCCUACCUAAUGAGUCUCGGCAUUGAUGAUCCCGUGACCAGGGACAGUACGCGAAGCAAUUCGGAAUUCUUUCUAAAGCUAUCCCAGCAGAUUUGUGAAAUGCUGCUGGACCCAAUAACCGAAGCCGGUGGAAUGAUGUCGUUGGCAGAUGUUUAUUGUCGCGUGAAUCGCGCACGUGGGGUGGAACUGCUUUCCCCAAAGGAUCUUCUCGAUGCCUGCAAACUGUUGAUAGGGCCCAUCAAAUUGCGUAUUUUUCCAAGCGGAGCGAUGGUUUUACAACUAGAAUCCCACGAUGAUGAACUGGUAUUGGAGCGUACGUUCGAGUUGGUCGAACGGUACACUUCCGUCAGUGCAGACGAGUUAGCUCAGGUUGAAGGGAUAUCAUUGCUACUAUCGAAGGAACGGUUGCUGGCGGCCGAAGCUGUGGGGCGUCUGUGUCGCGACGAAUCAAUCGAAGGUUUGAGAUUUUAUGUCAAUAAAUUUGUUCACUGACAGAUUGUGAUUGCAUUUGUGCAAAUGCUGCUCAUUG